UUCAAUGUAGACGCGACUCUGUCUACAGCCACCCCUCCCCUUAUCCGCUGUCUCCUAAAGAGUUCGCAUCUCGAUCAAGAUUGUCCACAGCUGCAACCCGUAGAGCGGGAGGAGACAGAGACACGCCGGUGGUGGGCUGGUGCUUUGUGGUAAAAUCAUCAUGAGUCUUCGAAAACAAACACCAAGUGACUUUUUGAAGCAAAUUAUUGGACGACCAGUGGUUGUGAAGCUCAAUUCUGGAGUUGACUAUCGAGGAGUCUUGGCAUGUUUAGAUGGAUAUAUGAACAUUGCUUUGGAACAGACAGAAGAGUACGUCAACGGACAGCUCAAAAAUAAGUAUGGAGAUGCCUUUAUCCGUGGAAAUAAUGUUCUGUAUAUAAGUACGCAGAAGAGAAGAAUGUGAGAUCCCAUAUUUUUAUUUUUUUUGUAUGGAGAGUCCAUUUAUCCUAUUUUGCAAGACAAACAUUUAUGUAGUUUUCCUUUAGGAUGACUUAAAAUAUGGAAGAAACAAUUUUUUUAUUUAGAAAAAAUGAUCGCUUUAUAAAAUAUUUGUUUUUUAAUGCUGUUCAUUGCACUGUAAAAUAAAAAAAUUAAAGUGA